AUGGGGGACAACAUGAAGCUGCUCGGAUGGACGGGGGUUUACUUUCCUUCUAAAUCCCUCACUCCCAACGAUAGUGAAGAAACAAGUUUUGUUUUAGUAGAAGUUUCAUUGUGCUUACUAUUACCUCGAGUCAUGUAUGCCGGGGCAGAUUGGAGCAUGACUCAGUUUGUCUUAACGUGUGUGCUGCUGUGUGCAUGGAUGGGCAGAGCAAUGUGCUGCUGCAUGCUGCAGAAUUACACCUUCUGGAUCGAGAGGCAUGACUGCGGCCAGUGCAUGGCUGUGAACACGACCAUCUGCAGCGGCUACUGUUACACACAGGACUCCAACCUGAGGGGGCACUCGGGCCGGAGUUACCUCAUCCAGCGCGGCUGCCUGCCCACGUCCCUGGUGUACCGAGUCGCCCACGUGCCCGGCUGCCCGCAGGACGCCGGCCACCUGCUCUACUACCCCGAGUCGCGGCAGUGCCGCUGCAGCCGCUGCGAUAAGCGCACGUUCCGCUGCGUGCGCACCGGCCGAACCCGCAGGGGGGCGUGUCCAAACAAACCCGGCCGGGGACAGACGAGGGGCUCGGGGGAGACGCGCAGCGUCGGCGCUGGUUUGUAG